GACACCCUGCAAAGGAAGCUCAUUUCGGCCGCUUGUAUCUGUGAUCUCAUUCUUUUGGUCACUACCCAGAGCUCAUGACCAUAGAUGAGGGUAGGAACGCAGAAAGCUUCACCUUCCAGCUCAGCUCCCUCUUCGCCAUGACAGAAUGGUACAGCGUCCAGAAUACUGCCAACGCUGCACCGAUCCGUCCAUCUCCCACUCCAUUCUUCCAUCAGUUAUGAACAAAACCCCGAGGUACUUAAACUCCUCCGCUUGGGGCAGCAACUCAUCCCCCACCAGGAAAGGACAAUCCACCCUUUUCCUGUCGAGAACCACGGCCUCAGACUUGGAUCCUCAUCCCGGCAGCCUCACGCUCAGCUGCAAACCGCCCCAGCUUGUCCAAUUGGCAAAUAAAGGAUUUGUCAUUUUAAAUGUCAUGUAAAGGCAUUUUUUGCCGCCAGAUGGCGAACUAGAUACAUCAGAUUGUCAUACGUCGCACUAAGUGGGAAAUCUGAGUAACAGCGUUCACGCGAGGCUCGUACUGGUGUACCCAGAGCACUGUUUGUUAACCCUUGGGGAUGUUGUAAGCUAUAACCUGACUACCGAAAAACCACCAUGAGUGUAAUCUGCUCAGUGUAAAGACGGAGCGAGCUGCGUCCUUACACGCAGUAAACACGUAUAUAACGACGAAGUUGCCAUCUACGAUCAACUAGUACUACAGCGACGGCAAAAUCGCUCCCCCCGGAAAGUUUCCCCGAUGCUCUGUUUCUAAUUCAGUUCACUGUUUUGCAUCGUAGUCUGUUUUAAAAUUAAGGAAAAACUCUUCUCUUAUCUGUGCCGGAAUCAAGAUUUUUGCAUUUACACCAGGCGUUGAAGCUGGGAAAAAAAACAAUGGCAGCUCCCCGGUGUAUUUAUAUGGACCUCUGUAAGAGGACGGGCAUCUGAGCCACGGCAGUCCCUGGGCACCGACCCCCUGCACGCAUCAUCCGCCGGGGGGCGCUGUCGGCUAGCGUCCACAUUUUCUCUCCGUGCGCCCCGGCAAUCCCACCCCGUUACUCCCAACACUCUCUCUCUUCCACGCCCGGCCUGGGUCCGAUCCGAUCUGGUGGUGGAUUGGGGCCGAGGGGACACAGUUAGUGUUGGGGGGCAGGCGAGGUGUUCAGGGGCGCUUUUUCGUGCUGCGCGGUUCUUCCUUCCCUUCGCCUUAGACAACCGCCUUUCCUCACCGAGCAUUUCUGUGUAUUUUAUCCGGACGGGCUUGCAUGCAGCUAAGGGCCGGUCUGCUGGUUUCACUUUCCCGGUGAUGCGUGGGGUCGCUCCCGCUCCUACUCGUCUGUCCCCCGGAGCCACUGCCGGGGUUUGAUCCCAUUCAUAUAUGGGCUGUUCGUCCUUCUGCUGGAACAAUGGGAUCUCCAGAUUUCCUCGGUGUUCUGUGAAGGGAAAUUUUAAACAAUUUUUUUAAAAUUAAAUAAAAAAAAAAAAAACUUGAAGCACACCUACGACCGGCGAAAACGCCUCGGCGUUAAACGUGGCAUCUGCAGUACGGUAACCGGACCUGGACAUCUCUGCAGGCAACUCGGCGAGCAAAGUUAGAAAAGCUGACGGAGGGACUCAUCAUGUCCACCCCGACGAGAUUCAAGAAGGAUAAAGAGAUCAUCGCGGAAUACGAGAGCCAAGUGAAAGAGAUCCGCACCCAGCUGGUGGAGCAGCAGAAAUGCCUGGAGCAGCAGACGGACAUGCGUGUGCAGCUCCUCCAGGACCUGCAGGACUUCUUCCGGAAGAAGGCCGAGAUCGAGGUGGAGUACUCGCGCAACCUGGAGAAGCUGGCUGAGCGCUUUAUGGCCAAGACGCGCAGCACCAAGGACCACCAGCAGUACAAGAAGGACCAGAACCUUCUGUCACCGGUGAACUGCUGGUACCUGCUGCUGAACCAGGUGCGGCGGGAGAGCCGAGAUCACGCCACGCUCAGCGACCUGUACCUCAACAACGUCAUCAUGCGCAUAAUGCAGGUCAGCGAGGAUUCCACCCGCCUCCUCAAGAAGACCAAAGACAUCACCUUUCAGCUCCAGGAGGACAUGAUGAAGGUCCUGAAUGAGCUAUAUACUGUGAUGAAGACGUACCACAUGUACCACACGGAGAGCAUGAGCGCCGAGUGCAAGCUGAAGGAGGCUGAGAAGCAGGUGGGCCGGUCCGGGGAGCCUGUCUUCAGCAUGCGCAUGGACGAUAAGAACCAGAGGCGCAGCUCCACCAAAAAGAUCGAGAAGAUGAAAGAGAAGCGACAAGCCAAAUACUCGGAGAACAAGUUGAAAUUGAUCAAAGCUCGCAACGAAUACCUGCUGACUCUGGAAGCCACAAAUUCUUCCGUGUUCAAGUAUUACAUUCACGACUUGUCCGACUUGAUCGACUGCUGUGACCUGGGAUACCACGCCAGCCUGAACCGUGCCCUUCGCACCUACCUCUCGGCGGAAUACAACCUGGAGACGUCACGGCACGAGGGCCUUGACAUCAUCGAGAACGCCGUGGACAACCUGGACCCCCGCAGCGACCGGCAGAGGCUCAUGGAGAUGUACCCCACUGCUUUCUGCCCCCCCUCAAAAUUUGAGUUCCAGCCCCACAUGGGGGACGAGGUGUGUCAGAUCACAGCGCAACCGCAGGUUCACGCCGAGCUCCUGCUGAGGUUUCAGCAGCUGCAGUCGCGCCUCGCCACGCUCAAGAUCGAAAGUGAAGAGAUCAAGAAAACCUCGGAAGCUACACUCACCACCAUACAGGACAUGGUGACCAUCGAGGACUACGAUGUGUCUGAGAGCUUCCACCACAGCCGCUCCACAGAGUCCGUCAAGUCCACUGUCUCAGAGACUUACCUCAGCAAACCCAGCAUCGCCAAGAGGAGAGCCAACCAGCAGGAGACAGAGCAGUUCUACUUCAUGAAAUUCCGCGAGUAUCUGGAGAGUAGCAGUCUAAUCUCCAAGCUUCAGGCCAAGCAUGACCUGCUGAAGAGGACGCUGGGAGAAGGUCACCGUGCGGAGUACAUGACCACAAGCCGUGGACGACGGAACUCGCACACCCGACACCAGGACUCUGGACAAGCUAUCCCUCGUGUGGUUGAAAGUUGUAUUCGAUUCAUCAAUCUGUACGGUCUCCAGCAUCAAGGGAUAUUCCGCGUGCCAGGCUCACAGGUGGAAGUCAAUGAUAUAAAGAACUCCUUUGAGAGAGGUAACGACCCUCUAGCUGACGAGGAGAACAACCAAGACAUGAACUCCGUGGCAGGUGUCCUCAAGCUGUACUUCCGAGGUCUGGAGAAUCCGCUCUUCCCCAAGGAGCGAUUUAACGAGCUCAUCUCCACCGUCAGAAUGGAGAAGUUGUACGAUAGGGCUCUGUACAUCCGGAAGAUCCUCCUGACCCUGCCCAGGUCUGUCCUGGUGGUCAUGCGCUACCUCUUCGCCUUCCUCAACCAUCUCUCCCAGUACAGCGAUGAGAACAUGAUGGACCCCUACAACCUCGCGAUCUGCUUUGGCCCCACGUUGAUGUCCUCGCCCGACAUCCAGGACCAGGUGUCCUGCCAGGCGCAAGUCAACGAAGUCAUCAAGACCAUCAUCGUCCACCAUGAGGCCAUCUUUCCUGACGCCAAGGAGCUAGAGGGGCCCGUGUAUGAAAAGUGCAUGGCUGGUGGUGACUACUGUGACAGCCCAUACAGUGAGCACGGCGCCCUGGAGGAGGUCGAGCAGGACGGGGGGACUGAACCCCACACCAGCGAGGACGAAGGAGAGCCCAUCGAAGCCAUCGCCAAGUUCGACUAUGCUGGCCGCUCGACGCGCGAGCUCUCCUUCAAGAAGGGCGCGUCCCUGCUGCUGUACCAGCGAGCCUCCGAGGACUGGUGGGAGGGCCGGCACAACGGCGUCGACGGACUGGUACCGCACCAGUACAUCGUGGUGCAGGAUAUGGACGACUCGUUCUCGGACACUCUGAGCCAGAAAGCAGACAGCGAGGCCAGCAGCGGGCCGGCGGUGGAGGACAAGUGCUCAAGAAAGGAUGCAGGCUCACCCAUCGAAAGGCUUCCUGAGGCCUACAUCAGCGGCAAGCACAGGAAGAGGAGCGACCCCCCACAGCGACGCCCCCCCCUGCGGCCCAGCGACGGCCACUGCGCGGUGCACCCCGCGUCCCAGGGCCACGGCAGCCCACGGGACCUCCUGAGGGGGCGGCACCCACAUGCCCUGGACAGCCCGGAGUGCCGGCGGCGCGGCGGGCGGCAGGAUCCGCUGAGGAAGGCGGAGAGCCCCCCCAUGCGCCGCUCUGCCUCCUCCGGGCAGUACGGCGGCUUCUCCGAGGCUCACGGGAAGACGCUGGAUCCCGAGACCAUUGCACAGGACAUCGAAGAGACCAUGAACACGGCGCUGAACGAGCUCCAGGAGCUGGAGAGGCAGAGCUCAGCCAAACCGGAUGUGGUGCUGGACACGCUGGAGCAGGCCAAGAGCACGCCCCCUACAGGCGGCUGUGCAGAUGCCCUGGGUCCCCUGCAUGGCCUGCGCCUGCGAGCUACGGAGCCCCCCGUCCGCCGCAGCCCCAGCUCCCCCGGCGACGCCAUGAGCACCUUCAAGCCCACAGUGGCACCCCGCAUGGGUGUGCAGCUCCGGCCCCCUGCCCUGCGGCCCAAGCCCCUCAUGGUGCCCAAAGGGGGCGCCACUGAGCAGCCCCCAGCAGCCUCCUCCCAGGGCCCCUUGGACAAGUCCUGCACGAUGUGAAGGGGUGGGGGGGUGACGGUGAAAGGCUGUGUGGCAUGAGCAGCCUGGCCUCCCCCAAGAGCGAGUCCACAAACGAGCACUAGCUGAACGAAAGCUCGUUACAGGAUCCGCCAGAUCGUGGACUGCAGGCGCGCUGAAAGCAUCCUGUUUAAUAAGGCUUUACAGAAAUAGCAGAAAGCAUAAUAUAACAAUACUAAACUAAUACUUCAUAUGUUACUUGUAUCAGUGGAUCCCACAAGCGUUUCCUUCGUGGGUGGUGGGACUUCUUACAGCAGACGAAGAGCCGUAAGGGCCAGCGUCAGUCUUUCUAGUCUGAGGGAUCAUCUAGUUCUGGUUCUGAGCCCCAGGGGGGCCUGAAGGGGGAGGGCACAGGGGCAGGAAUCCGGGAGAAUCUGCUGGACUUUCUCGAAGUCAGGACUCCAGCCAUGCCGGUCCGCAGGUUCAGUGAAAAAUGGCAGGUACGUUUCAGUUAUUUACUGGAAACACACCGUGGAAAGACACAGGCCAAGUAUGGUCUACAUUUAAGUAUAGAUGCCAUUGUCCAAGUUGAGUGUAACAUCAGGAGAGGCUGAUGGAUUUGGUGUUUACUGUCCGUCACCAUGGGGAUUCAAAGGAAACUUCUGGAAUGGUCCUUUUAGCUUUAAUGUACCUAGUAUCAAUCUAGCUUUAGCCCUCUUCACGUCAAGCUCACCUCCGGACGUGCGGAGUGUCUUGUUUACCUUUGGAUGUAUGGGAUGUUUUAAUGUGAAUUUUGGUUAUUUCUGGCAAAUCGCAGGUCUGUAAACCGGGCUGGUCAUGGUUUCUAGAACCUGACAGAGGGGCGCGGGACUCCUUGGCUUGAUCACCGCCAAAUACCUUGCUUGCAGAACCCGGCCAGCAGGGGGAGCUAGAGAACGGCAUUGGGGGCAGACACUCUGGUGAAAAGCUGCCCAGUGUUACUGGACUGGACACAUGGAGUCUCUGCUGGGAUGUUAUUUGUGAAGAACCAUGCUCAGACUUUUUUUUUCCAUCCUCCUUGCAAAUGAGCCAAAUAAUCAAUGGAUAUUUACUUGUAUCUGUCUAAUUUUGUAAUUAUCUUUGUAUUAUAGGAUAUAUUCGAUUGACCUUCAUUCUUACUAAUUUGUUUUUGAAUUUAAUAUAUAAUUUUUGGCAUCUUUGAUACAUGGAGGACCUUUCUAACGACGACGAAGACGACGAAAGCAUGGAUGAACAGGGUUCCCUGAUUUCCACACGCCCCGUCCCCCCCAUUCCAAACCAUUGCUGUUGGCCUGUCAUUUACAGCAGUAUGUUGCCCCCUCCUGCCCGCUGACUGUUGGGUCACGCCAGCAUUCAUCUGUGACAUGUACAUGUGAAAGUGCCUUUGUACCAGCCUUAGAGAGACCCCAGACCCAUGUUAUGGGGAGAGUAGUAGCGAAAGAGCAUAAACAAAUUUCUGGGAUCAUUAAGUGAAUAGUAAAGACGAGACAGUUAAUCUAAUUGAGAAUUUGCACUUUUACGUGUAAAACUGUAUAUUUGGCAUGUAGCAUUAUAACGUCUUUCGGUAAACGCCCAGGGCAGUGCCCGUCUUUCUAAUAAAGGGAAUCGCUCUGUCA